CGGGCUUCUGAGGCAACAUAACAUUAUUUUAAUAUUUACAGACGCAUAUUCUGACAUAAUUUUCACAAUCUGGUGACGCGACUCGCCGGUUUCCAGAGCAACCGCGCUUUCCUCCGCCCCCGCCCUUCCGACGUGCUCGCGCUGCCUCCAGUCACAUGACCCCUGCCAACCAAUCAGAGGCGGCGGCUCCGGUUGAAUCACGGGUUCAAAACUGUUUCGGUUAAAUUUGUUAAAAGUUGCGAGAGUGAGUUUGAUCCGCUCCUUAUUUCGCGGAUCGGUACAUCUGAAUAUUGUCGCACCCGACUCCAUUUAGCAACCCAAAAUGGCUCACAAACAGAUCUACUACUCGGAUAAAUACACAGACGAUCUUUACGAAUACCGGCAUGUGGUCUUACCGCGAGAGCUGGCCAAACAAGUGCCCAAAUCCCACCUGAUGACCGAGGACGAGUGGAGGAGACUGGGCGUGCAGCAGUCGCUGGGAUGGGUCCAUUACAUGAUCCACGAACCGGAACCUCACAUUCUGCUGUUUAGGAGACCUCUACCAAAAUAACGACAGCCGGGGACGCUUUGUCUCUUCUGGAACGUUCCUGUGGUUUUCAGCGAAUGCUAGAGAACUUGACUACGUUUCUGGACUCCUGUGACCAUGAUGCCUCGUUUCGCAGCGAUCACGCUCGAACGGAACCGAGGGAUUGUGGGAAAUGUAUUUUCAGUGAAAAUCUAAGGGCGCUUAACAAAAUCACGUGACUCAAGUGCCUCUCCGAGUGAAGCUAAACCGUUAAAGAUUUGUGUUGAAUAAAAGUCUGUGCUGCAUCAUCGGUGUUUAGAUGCCUGAAUCAGUGUUUAAGUGGCUGAGAUGUAUUAAUUUUGGGGAUAAACGAUGUACUGUAUGUUAAAGGGAGAUCAUUUGUGUGUAUCUGGUUGGCCGUUCUCAGGUUGAAAUUCUUCGUUUGCAUUAAUUCUGCAGGGAAGGCAACUGUAAUACUGUACGAAUGCUUUAUAAAGUUUAAAGUGUGCUUAUAUCACGUAUAAAACUUUUAAGGUGGUUGUAGAAGAAGAGCCAUGGCGACAGCACUAUCAGCAACUGUGCUACUUAUUAAAGGGGUUUAUGUGGAGAGAAAAAAAGGUUUUUGACCCUUUAUCAUGACUUGGUUUUGAAAGAAUAAAAUGAUGACUGUGUGAACUUAUCUUAUCAUUGCUGCUCUUUAUAAUAAACGAUAUUAAAACGCCACCUCA